AUGACCAAAAUCAUAGAAACGGAUGAGCAGGUCGACAAGGUUGACAGCCGCCUCGCGCACUUAUUCGAAGCAAAGCAAUCUAUCCUAAACAGGUGGAAGAAGCAACGACUAAAUCGGCGCCUAAGGAAGAAGGUGGCGGAGCUGAAUCGCGCCAUCGAAGUUCAUUGUCGGCUGCUCUGCACGCAACAAUGGAACGAAAUCUGUAAUGCUGCGGACGGGCAGAUGCAUAGCGGCAAAACCUGGAACUUGAUGCGGCAUCUGCUCGACGAGACUAAAACAAAGUCCCACCAACGCGACCGCCUCGCAAAGAUCAUUCACAGAGCAGUCAAGGAAAACGGGGAAACUGAAGUAAUCAGACGCAUAAACAGCAAGUAUCUUCCGGUUACACCCACGGAAAGGCAUCCUGAGUACGGCGGUCAAGCCAACGAGAAGCUUGACCGCGACAUCAGCGUCGAGGAGGUGCGAGCGGCCCUGCACCAACUAAAGGGCAAGUCGGCGGCCGGCCCGGAUCACAUCUCGAACAGAGCGCUCAAGAACCUCAGCGAUGUGGCCAUCGAAAACCUCACCGGUUACUACAAGUGCUGGAGUGCGGGGUCACUGCCCCAGCAGUGGAAGAGUGCCAAGACCAUACUCAUCCCCAAACCAGGCAAGCCGCCGAACACGGACAACCUCCGGCCCAUCUCGCUCACGUCCUGCGUGGGCAAGGUGUUGGAGCACGUCCUCAUGUGUAGGUGGCAGGAUUACCUGGAGGAGUCGGGACUAUACCCCACCACGAUCAUCGGGUUUCGGCGUUCCCUCGGCACCCAAGACGCGAUGAUUCUGUUGAAGAAAGAUAUAAUUGACGAAGAUACCCUAACGAAAGACAACAAGGCCAUUCUGGGGCUGGACCUGCAGAGCGCCUUCGACAAGGUGAAGCACUCUGCAAUCCUAGCCCAGGUGUCCAGACUCAACAUGGGCGCAAGAACAUACAAUUAUAUCAAGGACUUUCUGACGGGACGGACUACCGAGCUCUGCGCCGGCGAUCUACGGCUCCAAGAGAAGAGGCUCGGCAGUGUCGGGACCCCCCAAGGCUCGGUCAUCUCGCCGUUGUUAUUCAACCUCGUCAUGAUCGGGGUGGCCAAGCGACUCUCUCGCGUCGAGGGCGUCCGGCACACCAUCUACGCCGAUGACAUCACGCUGUGGGUUCCGGGAGGCAGCGAUGGUCACAUUGAGAGCACGCUGCAAGAAGCCGUCGAUGCGAUUGAAGACCAGCUGAACGGUUCCGGUUUGAUCUGCUCACCGAGCAAGUCAGAACUGCUGGUGUUGCCACCGAAAUACGUCAGACGUAAGAAGAGCGAAGCGAGGGAUUACGAGGCCAUCAAGAUCGUGACGAGGAACGGCCACGUGAUCCCGGAGGUCGACAAAAUCCGGGUGCUCGGCAUGAUCAUAGACAAGCGACGAGGCAACGGCGAGACUAUUUCCCGCCUUACAGCCAAGAUUACCAACGCAAUACGUCUCAUCAGACGGGUCGCCAACCGCAAGGCCGGGAUGAAGGAGGAAAGCUUGACUCGGCUUGUGCACUCCUUCGUAAUUAGCCACGUCACCUACGUUGCAGCCUUCCACAACUGGAUGCAAUGUGAAAGGAAUAAAAUCGACGCCCUGAUACGCCGAGCUUACAAGGCGGCGCUCGGACUAUUCGAGUGUACGAGCACCAACAAGCUCCUGAGCCUGGGGGUACACAAUACCCUCGACGAUAUUGCGGAAGCGCAACGGACCGCCCAGCUGGAGCGGCUCUCUAUGACCGAAGCCGGCAGGCGCAUACUUCAAUACUUGGGCUUCACGCCCGGAGCGAAAGCGGCGAGUAGCGACGUUUCUGUCCCGGACGGAACCCGGCGCCGGAUUCGGGUGGACCUCAUCCCGAGAAACAUGAACCCGGAGUACAACAAGGAGAGAAGAGCGGCGAGGGCCAAGGCCCUCAUCGACUUUCACGCCAAGGACGAGCACGCAAGGUUCGUAGAUGCGGCAGAAUACCAGGGAGACUGCGCGGCGUUCGUAGCUACCGUCAUCGAGGCUUCGUCCGGCGCGACGAGGGCAGCGGCGAGCUUACGGGUCCGCGAGGCGUGUCAGGCGGAGGAGGUGGCCAUUGCCCUGGCCAUUGCCGACCCCGGGUGCCAGACGGUGUUGUGCGAUUCCCGAAGUGCAGUGCGGAAUUAUGCAAAGGGCAAAGUGUGUGGUGAGGCUGUGCGCGUUCUGUGCUCGGCUGACCUGCAACGACAGAAUCGGUGUGUUAGAAUCAAGUGGUUCCCGGCGCACGCGGGCAACGAUGCGUCCGAGAAGCACGAUAACCACAACGAGACGGCACACGCAGUGGCGCGAGCGCUAACCAACCGCGCCGCUGCAACCGACCGUCCAACGUGGUGUAGUGCCAAGGACCGCAUGACGACGUUCAACGAACUUACCCAGUUCCACCGCCUGGCUCGAAGGACUUUCCCACCCCCGCACCCGGGGCUGAGCCGAGCGGAGGCGGUGCUGUUCAGACAAUUACAAACUGGUUCUUUACCCACCCCAGUAUUAAUGACUCAUCUAUACCCUAAAUUAUAUGUGAGUGAUGUGUGCCGCGUGUGCCAGCGGGAGAGGGCCACCCUGACGCACAUCCUAUGGGAUUGCACCAAGUUUCCCAAUGAGGCUUCGACAAGUACAGCGAUUCCUCCGCGACUCGCUGCUGCGGCGGAAUGCUACGACCACGAAAGCCAAACCUGGGCCGUCCAGCAGGUCUCGGCGGCUCUUGAAAGACAAAGGCCGAGCGAAACCGACGGAACGUUGCCCCCCAGGGCGACCAACCGCGGGAGUAACACGCGCUGGAGUUGAGUAGAGACCACCCGCUGAGAAGACGUCAGGGCCCGCGUCACGGCGCCAUUUAGUCGUGGUGUCGUUCUGCAGGCGACUACAUGAAGUUGUCUCUC